AAAUUCCAUGGAUCACUUUAAGAAAAUGGCAGACAAACCAGACAUGGGGAAAACUGCCAGCUUUGAUAAGGCCAAGCUGAAGAAAACAGAGAAACAGGAGAACACCCUGCCAACCAAAGAGCCCAUUGAGCAGGAGAAGCAGAGUGAAAUUUCCUAA